UCCUUUAUGCUCUUUCCUGAGUAUCAUGGCCGAAUAUUUUGUCUUUGAUAUUGCUGAAUCAUUGCUGAGGAAGCUUGCUUCUUCUGUUUAUGAAGAAGCUUCUCGUGCCUAUCAUGUGUAUGAGGAUGUGCAAGGGAUCAAAGACACCUUGUCAAUUGUGAAAGGUGUGUUGUUGGAUGCUGAGGAGAAGAGGGAGCAGAAGCAUGGGUUGCGUGAAUGGCUCAGGCAGAUUCAAAACGUAUGCUUAGAUGCUGAAGAUAUAUUGGAUGGAUUUGAGUACCAAAACUUGAGAAAGCAAGUUGUCAAAGCUUCAGGCAGCACCAGAAUGAAGGUAGGCCACUUCUUUUCUUCCUCAAAUUCCCUUCUUUUCCGUUUUAGGAUGGCUCAUCAAAUCAAAUAUAUUAGACAUAGAUUGGAUAAGAUAGCAGCUGAUGGCAACAAGUUUGGUCUUCAGAGAAUUGAUGUUGACCACAGACUUGUGCAAAGGAGGGAAAUGACUUAUUCCUAUGUUGACGCUUCAGGCGUUAUAGGAAGGGAGAAGGAUAGGGAGGAAAUUAUCAAGCUUUUGAUGCAACCUCUCCCUCAUGGUGAUGGUGAUGGAGAUAGAAGUCUGUGUGUUAUUCCCAUCGUAGGCAUUGGAGGCUUAGGGAAGACCACACUUGCAAAGUUGGUGUUCAAUGAUAAGAGGAUGGACGAUUUUUUCCAAUUAAAGAUGUGGGUGUGUAUCUCAGAUGAUUUCGACAUUAGGCAGUUAAUUAUUAAAAUUAUCAACUCAGCUUCUGCUUCAGCCCCAAUUAUUUUUCUUGCUCACCAUGAAAACAUUAACAACUUAGAUAUUGAGCAGUUACAAAGUCGUCUUAGAUACACACUUUCUUGUCAGAAGUAUUUACUAGUGUUGGAUGAUAUAUGGAAUGACGACCGAGCAAAAUGGAUAGAGUUGAAAGAUUUCUUGAAGGUUGGUGCAGUGGGAAGCAAAAUCUUGGUGACAACACGAAGUAGCUCAAUUGCUUCGAUGAUGGGCACAGUUCCCUCGUAUAUUUUAGAAGGCCUUUCUAUGGAGAAUUGUUUAUCUCUUUUUGUCAAAUGGGCAUUUAAGGAAGGCGAAGAAAACGAAUAUCCAAAUCUGGUGGAAAUCGGAAAAGAAAUUGUGAAAAAGUGUCGAGGGGUUCCACUAGCGGUGCGAACUUUAGGGAGUUCCCUGUUCUUAAAUUAUGAUUUAGAAAGGUGGAAAUUCAUAAGAGAUCAUGAGAUAUGGAACUUGCAACAAAAAAAAGAUGACAUUUUACCUGCUCUGAAGUUGAGCUAUGAUCAAAUGCCAUCCCAUUUGAGACAUUGUUUUGCUUAUUUUUCCCUUUUUCCUAAAGAUUUUGGUUUUGCUGGUCUUGAAAUUUCUAGUCUUUGGGUGGCACUUGGAUUACUAGGACCUCCAGUUGGAAGUCAAAAGCUACGGAAUAUUGCAAGACAGUAUAUAGAUGAGUUGCAUUCUAGAUCAUUUCUUGAGGAUUUUGAGGACUUUGGCCACAUUUACUAUUUCAAAGUACAUGAUUUAGUACAUGAUCUUGCGUCAUAUGUCGCUAAAGAGGAGCAUCUACUGGUAAACUCCACUCAGAAUAUACCUAAGCAAGUAAGGCAUUUGUCAGUUGGGGAAACUGAUUCACUUAGCCAUGCUUUAUUCUUCAAGUCCAGAAGUGUGAGAACUAUAUUAUUUCCCAUCGUUGGAAUGGGUGUUGACAAUGAAGCUCUUUUGGUCACAUGGAUAACAAGAUACAAAUACUUACGGAUUUUAGAUUUAAGUGAUUCCUCAUUUGAGACACUACCUAAUUCGAUUGCUAAAUUGAAGCAUUUGCGAGCUCUCACACUCGAAAAUAAUUGCAAAAUAAAAAGACUUCCUGAUUCUAUACGCAAACUCCAAAACUUGCAACUUUUGUCACUCAGAGGAUGCGUGGAGCUUGAAACAUUGCCUAAAGGAUUAGGCAUGUUAAUCAGCCUUCAACACUUGCAUAUAACCACAAAACAAUCUAUUCUUUCAGAGGAUGAAUUUGCAAGCUUGUGCAGUCUCCAAUCUUUGAUUUUUGAAUAUUGUGACAAUUUGAAGUUUUUGUUCAGAUGGGCACAACUUACAUCCCUUCAAGUUUUGCAUGUUCAAUCGUGUGGGAGCCUUGAGUCCUUACCUCUUCAUAUUCUCCCUAAACUGGAAGUUCUGCUUGUAAUAAGGUGCGAGAUGCUAAAUCUGUCGUGGAACUAUGAAAGCCAAAUCCAAAGAUUGAGGAUGAAAUUUCUGCAUGUCGAGAAUUGUCCAAGGCAACAAAGAUUGCCUCACUGGAUUGAAGGAGCCACUGAUACUUUGCAGACAUUGUUAAUUUUAAAUUGUGAUAGUCUUAAGUUGCUUCCUGAGUGGCUGACAAGAAUGAGUCAUCUUAAGAUGCUCCACAUUGUUAACUGUCCUCAACUGUUGUUUCUCCCAAGUGGCAUGCAUCGACUCACUGCCCUUGAAGAUUUGAGCAUAGAUGGUUGUCCUGAACUGUGUCGAAAAUGUGAGCCACAAUCUGGUGAGUACUGGUCCUUCAUCUCUCACAUCAAACGUCUUUCCAUUGGAGAAACAAGAGAAGGGCACCUCCUCUUUCGAUUGCAGUCGCGGAUGCGGUUGAAAUUGCGGGAUUAGGAAAACUGAAAUGCUGCGCAAGCACGGCGACUAAAAUUUAAAUUAUGAUCUUGUGUGAAUUUUUCUUUUCCUCGUUGAACUGUUCAAUCCACUAAAAAAUGUGUAU